AGCCUGAAAAGGAAGGGAGAGAGACUUGGAAAAAAGCAAGUCUUUACCCUUCAUACGCAGUCUGCUUUCCAGUUCUUGGCCUCUCCUUUUCUUUAAACAUAACCCUUCCAAAAGUUGAAUACAUUAUCCGCUUUCCAUGUUACUUUCAAUUAUUCUUACAAUAACACCCCUCUCCCCCCACGUCUCUCUCUCUCUUUCUCGCUCCUGUCUUUCUUCUGUGCAUUAGCAGAUAGCAAAAGCUAAGCUCUUUAAUUUUUCCUCUUUCAACACUAUUUGAUGCUACUGUUGCCAGAGAUUUAUUGGCUGUGAAGUCAACAGGAAUCGUUUAUCUUCUCCUUCUUAACCCUUUGCCAAUUUCUUCAUUUCACUUCUUCCACACUGCUUUAGAUUCUGAAUUCUGGCUUCUUUACACUUCAACCAGCAGUUUCUUUCCUUUGCGGCCUCAUUUUAAGGAUUUCUAAUAGCCUGGAGGUUACCGAGACUGGAUUCUACCUCUUUGUUUGUUUCAGACCGUGUAAUGAUUGGCUUGGUGGAUCACUUGGAGAAGAAUUUGAUUGUAGGGUGGGAAAGAGUGAAAUACGUUUGCAAAGCAAGGAUGCUCUAUGGGCUAUAAUUUUAAGACUCCUUGGGAAUUAGCUGAAUCGGAAAAACAAAGCAGUCCGUACUUUACUCAAAUCACUGUGUCUAGCAGCUUAAGGGUACCUCAGGCUACCGGGUAUUGUUCAGUAGACUUGAAGCUCGGCAAUUCUGGUAAUUUCAAGGACAAGUAUAAGGAUCCCGGGGGCUCUUUAAUGGAAUCAUCUUCGUCUGGAUCAUCAAAGAGAGCUAGGACACCUAACAAUGCAACCCUAGUCCCCUCAUGCUUGGUUGAUGGAUGCACUUCGGACCUUAGCAAAUGCAGGGAUUACCAUCGGCGACAUAAAGUAUGUGAGUUCCACUCCAAGUCGUCUCAGGUUUUUAUUAAAGGUCAGGAACAACGGUUUUGCCAGCAGUGCAGCAGGUUCCAUUCGUUGGGGGAGUUUGAUGAGGGGAAGCGAAGCUGCAGAAAGCGUCUUGAUGGACAUAAUCGGCGUCGAAGGAAGCCCCAGCCAGAUUCACUUUCAGUAAAUUCUGCAAGGAUAUUUUCCAACCAAGGUACUAGAUAUCUACAAUUCGGUAGCUCUCAAAUAUUUUCAACCAGUGCUAUGAGCUCUGCUUGGACUGGAGCUGCAAAAGCCGAGAGGGAUCCAAUGCUUUAUACUAGUCAAUCCUCAAUGAACUUCGAUGGCAGAAAAAAUCUUUUUCCUGGUUCCUUGUCUCCCAACUAUAAAGGAGGAAAGCAGUUCCCCUUUUUACAAGGCACUAGUUCCACACUUCCUGGAGAUUCUAUCCGUCUCAAUGCCAAUUCCACAUUAGGAAAUAUUGGCAACAGCCAGAAAAUGUUCUCUGAUGGGUUAAACCGAGUCAUAGACUCCAACCGUGCUCUCUCUCUUCUGUCAUCUCCACCAUCUGAGACUCGGGAUAUUGGUUUGAGCCACGUAGUGCAGCCUGACCUGAACCCUCCUGCUCAGUCCUUGAUCCCAAGCUUGAACUAUAAUGAUGCUCUUGGAAUGGAAAGUGAGCCAGUAGGACCUGUCUUAGCAUCUGAUGGCAGCAGCAAUUCCAACCCCCAUGGUCAGCAUAUGUUUCAGAUCGGACCUGAUUGGUUAUCUGCAAAUGGAUCUCAUCAGACACUUUCCUUCUCGUGGGAGUAGUACAUGCCAUUUCUGGUUCUAAUCUCCCCUACGGCUCUAAAUCUGACCGAUAAAAGAAUUUAUUGCUCUAAGUUCUGAGAUUAUUAAGAUGUUCCAUUUUGUUUGUAUCACCACUCCACAACUGUGGUAAUUUGUAAGACGCGACAAUGUUAUAAUGUGUACGCAUGUAUUGUUUUGUUCUUGGACUUUUAAAUGUAUGUACCUACGUAAAAGGAGAGGAGAAAAAAAAAGGCCACACCAAUGGUGCUAUCCUUGUCUCAUUCUUGCAGAAGUCAACGCAGGAUGCAUUUCUGUAAGAUGUUUCCUGAUGUUAUUGGAUUUGAGGUUUUGCUUUUUAA